AUGACCUCCAUGGGCUCUGAGAAGCGGGGGACAGGGUGGCCUCCCCCACGGAAGGCCAUCCACAUCGUGCUCCUGCGACCCACCCGGGAGGACCAGGCAGCCACGGUGCUGCAGUGCGCGGUCCGCCAGCACCUGGCGCGGAAGGAGGCAGCCCGGCGGCGUCUGGAGCGGGAGGCCUACCUGGAGCAGAUGGAGAGGCUGCAGCGGGAGGCCUACCUGGAGGUGGUGCUGCGAGAGCAGGCGGCGGCGCGGCGGCGGCGUGAGGAGGAGGAGGAGGCCGAGCGGCGGCGGCGGGAGGAGCAGCGGCGGUGCGUCCGUCUGCGCGAGGCGGCCUUCGACGGAAACCUGGCGGAGAUCGGCGCUGUGCUGCAGGAGGUGGAGGCGGAGAUGAGUCGCGACGGCGUGGGCCGCGACGAGGCGGGCGCGGAGCGGCGACGGCAGCGGCGCGUGGCCACAGUGGAGAGCGAGGACGGCUACGGGAACACACCGCUGUCCGAGGCGGCCGCGGGCGGGCAGCCACAGGCCAUCCGCCUGCUGGCCGAGCUGGGCGCGAAUCCCAACAGCAAGGGAGCGUUCGGGCGCACCCCGCUGUACCGCGCUGCCUUCGGUGGACACCUGGAGGCCGUGGAGGUGCUGCUGCAGCUGGGCGCCGACCCCCGCGUGUACGCCGAGGAUGGGAACACGCCGGCCCAGGUGGCCUCUCUGGAUGCUGUGGUCCACGUGUUGCAGUCGUGGGACCUGAGCCUCACGGACGCCAUGCUUCAGAACAUGGAGGCGGAGCAGCAGCGCCGCGCCCAGGAAGCCCAGCGGCGCAAGGAGGCCGAGACCCAGCGGUGUGGCCAGUGGGGCAUGGGUGGGCGGGCUGCACGCAGCAAGGAGGUCUCUGACCUGUGUCUCUUCGCACCCAGCCUGACCACCAAGGUGCAGCAGCUGACCAAAGGGCAGCAGCAGUGCCACAAGGAGCUGCAGCAGGCCUAUUGUGAGCUGUACCGGAGGGUCGCGGAGCAUGACAAAUGCGAGCAGCGGCACCAGGGCUUGUCCCAGAUCACACUACAGGCCAUCAAGGACGCAGAGGACCGAGUGGACAGGCUCCGGCAGGAGGCCCAGAAGGCCGAGGAGACGCUGGCCCUGGCUAGGCUGGAGCUGCGGGAGCAGACCCCGGAGGAGGAGGAGUUUCCCGGGCUGAAGUGCCAAGUCACCGAGCUGCAUGAUGUCCUGAUCAAGGAUGUGGGUGACCGCAUCUAUGCCGACGGCCGAUGGCCCCUCGUAAUAGACCCUUCGGGCCAGGCGGCUACCUUCCUGCGCUACCAGGACACCAACUACGUGGAUGCAGUGAACCCGGACCACAUGAAGCCUGAGACCAUUCGCCUGGCUCUGUUGGGUGCCCUUAGGUUUGGGAAACCGCUGGUGUUCGACCUGCGGGAGGUGGACCUGUUCCCCAUGGUGCAGCGGCAGCUGGAGGCGGUGCAGCCGGGCCUGGCGCAGGAGCUGCUGGGCCGCGCCCUGCUAGAGCAGGACCGAUACCUGUCGCUGCUGCGAGCCGGUGACGGGCCUGAGUACGAUGCCAGCCAGUUCCAGGAAGCGCGGCUGGGCCACUUCCGACUCUUCUUUGUCACCAGGCUCCGGUGGCCGCCGGCCAAGCAGCUGCAGGUCUUGUUCCCGGUGCGCGUGCAGCCGCCACACGGCCUCUGGGCCCCGCCCCAGUGAGGGCGU